CUCCUGCAGCGCUUGGAGCCUGGUGGAAUAUUGUGAUGGCAGCUCAAAUGACCGAUGCCCAUCGGCGGUUCCUGCAGGUCCUGAUGGCUCACGGGGUAAUGGAAGGAUCAGGGGUGAGGAAACUGCACCGGCGCUGCUGUGAGAUCCACAAAGUCUACUAUGCGCAUGAUAAACUGGAUGAUUUCAUCAGUGCCAUUAACAGCCACCUGCAGCCCUUGUUCAUGCAGGUCCGGAAGGGGAUGUCGGAGGAUGACGGCAGAGCUCACUACGCGCUGGUGAAUUUGGCAGAAACUGAAAUAACUAAAAUGGCAUCUGACUAUACAGAAAAUGAAUUAGAAUUGUUCAGAAAAACAAUGGACCUAAUCAUUUUAUCAGAAAAUGGCUUUGCCUCUUCUACAGAUAUUUUAAACUUGGCUGACCAACUUAAGACAAAAAAAAUGAAGAAAAAGGAAGCAGAACAAGUGCUGAAAGUUUUUGUGGAGGAUAAGUGGCUCUCUGAGAGAAAUGGAGAAUAUACUCUGCAUACUCGCUGCAUAAUUGAGAUGGAACGAUACAUUCUCAGCAAUUACCAAGAUGUGGCAAGGAAGUGUAACAUCUGUCACAGCCUUGCCAUCCAGAGUCAAGUAUGUGAAUCCUGUGGGACUGCAAUGCACUUACCUUGUGUCAGGAAGUACUUCAGAGCUCCCACCGAACCGCGCUGUCCCCAGUGCAAUGACUUCUGGUCUUGUGACAUUCCAGGUGUGAGUCGGAUAGACUCCCAGUCCCCAUCAAAAACAGGGAGAGCAGAGAGGAGCCCCAGUCUCAGCAUGAGACGAUGCUAG